AUGGUCAUCAUGUGUCUGGCCGCAAGGAGGGUGGGGCUGUUCCUUACUGAGCGCAACCUGCUGAAGAAGGAGAUCAUGACGCUGGCAGCGGACCUCCCUCUCGGAGCGGAUACCUUCGAGGCGCACGAGAAGCUGAUUAAGCACUGGUCCGGUCGUGGCAUUCGCUGGAAGCAGACGUGUGAAAUUUUCAUGCGGUCUCCUUUUGGGACCCGGGUUCCAGCUGGCAGCAGAGAGGAAGUGCUGCGGGAGAGAAUUUUCUUUAAUCGCGAGAUUCUACUAAACGGUACCACGCCGGUCGGAGGGCAGCAGGAUGCUCAGCGACUGAAAGGGGUUCGCCUGGGUGAUCUGCUGGUGCAAGGGUCUGACGGGGGGCUGGACCUAAAGACCAUGGCGGCGUUAACUCAGCAGCUGGGGGGUAACGGCCCGGCUAAGCUUGCUCUCAAGGCACUGAGGGCUCUGCCUGCUGCUUGGCAGAGUCUGUUGGGUUUUCCGACUGUCCCUCCCUGCUCGGCUGACUCCCCUCAGAGGCUGGUGGUGGUGGAAGGGGGCCGGGUUGUGUCUGAGAGGCGGAUGAAGGAGGGCUGGUGUGGCGCUGAGGAGCAGUCAUACAAGCAGCAGAAGUGGGCGGAAAAGUGGCGUGGUUUCCUCGGCCCUCAGGCGUGCGUUGUGCAUGCUGAAUCCUGGCCGCAGGAUUGA